UUCCUGUCUAUGAAAAGACAGAUCGUCUGCAAGGCACUGGGGAGAGUGGAAAAAGCACGUUCAUUAAGCAGAUGCGUAUAAUUCAUGGCUCAGGCUACUCUGAAGAGGACAAAAAAGGCUUCACCAAGCUGGUGUACCAAAACAUCUUCACUGCCAUGCAGUCUAUGAUCAGGGCCAUGGAAACCCUGAAGAUUCUGUACAAAUAUGAACAGAAUAAGGCCAAUGCAGUGUUGAUCCGGGAAGUGGAUGUAGAAAAGGUCAUGACAUUUGAACAGCCAUAUGUAAGUGCAAUUAAAACAUUGUGGAACGACCCUGGAAUACAAGAGUGUUAUGACAGGAGAAGAGAAUAUCAGCUUUCCGACUCAGCUAAAUACUAUCUUAGCGACGUGGAUCGUAUCGCUACCCCAGGAUAUCUACCAACUCAGCAAGAUGUGCUACGGGUUAGAGUUCCUACAACCGGUAUCAUAGAGUACCCCUUUGACCUAGAGAAUAUUAUCUUCAGAAUGGUGGAUGUUGGAGGUCAGAGAUCAGAACGAAGGAAGUGGAUCCAUUGCUUUGAAAAUGUGACUUCCAUCAUGUUUUUAGUAGCACUUAGUGAAUAUGACCAAGUUCUGGUGGAAUCUGAUAAUGAGAACCGGAUGGAAGAGAGUAAAGCUCUCUUUCGAACCAUUAUCACUUAUCCAUGGUUCCAAAACUCAUCUGUUAUCCUCUUUCUCAACAAGAAAGAUCUGUUGGAAGACAAGAUCUUAUAUUCCCACCUUGUUGACUAUUUCCCAGAGUUUGAUGGCCCACAGAGGGAUGCACAGGCAGCCCGUGAGUUCAUUCUCAAGAUGUUUGUGGAUUUAAAUCCAGACAGCGAUAAAAUCAUCUAUUCUCACUUCACAUGUGCCACAGACACAGAAAACAUCCGUUUCGUCUUUGCAGCUGUCAAGGACACCAUCCUACAGCUCAACCUGAAGGAAUACAACCUGGUUUGACCUGCUCUGCUCUUGGCCCUUUGAGAGGCUUCAUUAUGACAUAUUCCAACUAAAAAAAAAAAAAGAAAAAAAAAAAAGAAAUUUUAAAUAUGACAGGAAAAAA